CAAACCAGAGGGGGCUUGAAAGGCCGCGUGGCGGCCGCUCCCCGGCUAGCUCGCGCUCGGUCCCUGGUGGCGCCCUCCGCCCAGCACCGGAAAGCGCCGGGGCGCACCAUGUCAGCUGACACUCCGGGGAAACUGAGGCCCUCGCCGCUGGCAGAAGCGCCGGCCAUCGGCAGCCAGACCCCAGACAAGCCCCGGAGCGCGGCUGAGCACCGCAAGUCCUCCAAGCCUGUCAUGGAGAAACGGCGCCGAGUGCGCAUUAAUGAGAGCCUCGCUCAGCUCAAGACCCUCAUUCUGGACGCCCUCAGAAAAGAAAGCUCCCGCCGCUCGAAGCUGGAGAAGGCAGAUCUGGAAAUGACUGUGAGACACCUGCAGCACCUGCACUGCGUGCAGGUGACAGCUGCACUCAGCGCCGACCCGGUGAUCUUGGGCAAGUACCUCUCUGGCUUCAACGAGUGUCUGGCUGAGGUGACCCGCUUCCUGGCUGGCUGCGAGGGCGUCUCCGCUGACGUGCGCUCCCGACUGCUCGGCCACCUGGCGGCCUGCCUGCACUGACUGGGUCCUUGCCGCCACCCGGCCUCUCUGUCCCCCGCUGCUUCUGCGCCGGAGAGCUACACAGGCCGCCCGCAGCUGCUAGCGCAGGAAGGCCCCUUCCCCUUGCUGCACCCCGGGGCGGAUUUCGCGGGGCAGCUCCUGCCAGGUCUCACUGCGGCCCUCCCUGCCGACCCCAGUAUGGGACGGCAGGGCCAGCAAGGGCCCUGGAUACCAUGGCUGAGAUGAGGCUGUGGCCUUCAGCUGUAGCGGAGGCUGAACCCUCUUGUAGGGCUGUGGCCUUUGCUGAGACUGUACAAGAAAACGCAGAACGGGUAUUUUUUUCCUACAGGCUGUGUCAAGAGUUCAUGUUUUUUUUUCUGCCUUUGUGAAGGAUAUGGUUUGGGGUUCGGCGGCUGUAGCACAGUGGUUACGGUGCCAGCCACAUUGUACACCAAAGCUGUUAGGUCGGGGCCGGGAUCAGCUAAACCAAAGACAACUGCAACAAGAAAAUAG